AUGACGCUGUUUGCCUGGGUUCUGGCAGCUCUGUCAGCGGUCCAGAUCCGAGCGGGAGGACAUGCAGGACACGAACACCUGGCAGUCGUCCGGGUCUUCUCGACCGAGGAGGAGUUGCAGCUGCUUAACAACAGCGUCCCACAGUGGGAUAUGAACGGUUCAAUUCCGUGCACCACAAAGUCGAACAUGAGCGAGAUCGAUCUCAUCUUGGUCUACAGCAAGGACCUGGAGAUGGAUAAAGAUGCCAAGGGCCUGGUGAGUGAGAUUGAAAUGUCAUUCCACUCGAAGGAGUUCAACUGGAUGAACUGCUUCACAAACAUCAAGAACAUGUCGGCCAAGCUGAAUCCGGAGCAAGACGUCUAUGACAACCGCGGCUACACCACGAACAAGCAUUGGGUCUCCGGCCCCAAUGCCGUCUUCUCAAAGAUCAUGAUGGCCAUGAUGGAGGGCGAGUUCAACGACACGUACGACAUCUUCUUCCUCAUGGAGAUGGACGCGGUUCCCAUCAAGGACCACUGGCUCGACCAGUUCGAGACGGAGGCCCAUGAGAUGGCCGACAAUAGCAUGGCCAUCCGCGGGAGCCAGUACCUGGGCGACAAGUGGGACCUGUUCAAAGCGAUGAUGCCGACCUACCUGGUGGAGCACAUCAACGGCAAUGCCAUGUACAACCUCAAGCACCCGUGGACCAAGGCGGUGUACGAUGCAUUCAAUAGCAUGGAUGGCGGCAACAUGAUGGAAGAAAUGGCCUUCGACGUCGCGUUCGCCAUGAUUACCAUGGAUGCGAUGUCCGGGAACACGAGCCAGUUCGCAGCUGCUUGGGCAGCUGCAGGGGGAAAUAGCCAGACCUACAACUGGGACUCCAUGCUUGUGGGCAACUACGCCAACACCCUUCUGAACACCAGCUUCGAGUUCCCGACCUACAUCCGCCAUGGCUCCAGCAAGAACCUGUUCGCGAACUUGGAUGAUGAACAUGUGACGCUGGGAGUGGCAGUGUUCGAUCAUCAGGGACACUUGAAGGACACCAUCCCCACGCACCACCCGUUCAAGAAGAUCCUGGCCUUGACCUAUUACCCGCAUCCGCAAAUGGUUGACAUGUACGAGGCUCCGGCAGGCAACGUGACCAUGACGACGCAGGCUGCCACGGGCGAUCCCUUUUACCACCUUUGCGAGACCGCCAGGCUCGUCGACACGAAGUGGUUCGCCCUCACGGACAACUACCACAUCAUCAAAGCACCGGUGAGCGUUCUGAUGGACAUGGGCGACAAGCCGGUGCUGCCGUACGUCCUGAGAAACUCCAAGUACUGCGGUGAGCGUCCGAACUGUGAGGCUUCCAUGUUGCAAGCAGAGGGACUCUUCAGCAUCACCUUGAACUACCACCACGACAAGUACGAAGUGCUGUACAAGACGGAUGAUGCCAAGAUGUUCUGCGAUGCAUGGGACCUUGCAACAGGCAGCACUGCCAACGAGUCGUGGGCAAAUUGCAGCUUGUCCUUCGGACCAACCGGAGACGACUACAUCGCCUGGAAAAUCAGCGUGGACCAGAACAUCACCGAGGAGUUCACUCCGAAGGACAAGACACGCUACGGAUGGCGAGCCUGGACAAGCCUGUGGAACCCGGCCCCGGUCGACUCUCGAAUGUGCACGCCGAUGCUCUACGGCCCGAAGGAAUAUCUGGAGACGCUUGGCAACAUCUCCCACUGUGCGGUUGACUACGUUGAGAAUGCGGCGGCUUGCGAAUCGGACACCACGUGCGAGUGGAAGGCCAUGUUCGAGUCCGGUGUGUGCUUCCAGGAUCCAAAGAGCGUUACCCCGACGACAACCGUGGCAGGAGUGACCUACAGCACCAUCGAAGUCACGUUGCCACUCACCGUGGACGAUGCGGCUGCCAUCCUCAACAACGCCACCGUGCAGGAUGCCAUGAAGACAGGUUUUGCACAGGCGAUGGACGUGCCUGUUUCGGAUGUGAUGCUUGAGAUUCAGGCAGUUCGACGCCUGACUGCUCACACCAGGAAGCUUCAGACCGAGCUGCUGGCCAUCUUCAGUGUCGUGAUGCCCAGCCUUGAGGACGCCAUCGUGAAGCAGGUGGAGAUCGAGACCAUCUCCUUGGAUGCAACCAAUGAGGCUAUCGCCAGUGCCGUCGCGAGCGUGGGCUUUUCGGGUGCCCUGGAGGUCACCGGCAAGAUGACCAUGCGCGAGCCCUGUGGCAUGUCGUCCAUGGUGCAGGAGGGUGUCACACGAAUCGAGAUGCACCAGCACGCUCUUUUUGCCAAUAGGAUUCAGCGAGCUUCGCUGCGACUGGGACUGCAGGACUGGUUUGGCACGCUUGCAUCUGCCAUGACGCUGUUUGCCUUGGUUCUGGCAGCUCUGGCAGCGGUCCAGAUCCGAGCGGGAGGACAUGCAGGACACGAACACCUGGCAGUCGUCCGGGUCUUCUCGACCGAGGAGGAGUUGCAGCUGCUUAACAACAGCGUCCCACAGUGGGAUAUGGCCGGUUCCAUUCCGUGCACCACAAAGUCGAACAUGAGCGAGAUCGAUCUCAUCUUGGUCUACAGCAAGGACCUGGAGAUGGAUAAAGAUGCCAAGGGCCUGGUGAGUGAGAUUGAAAUGUCAUUCCACUCGAAGGAGUUCAACUGGAUGAACUGCUUCACAAACAUCAAGAACAUGUCGGCCAAGCUGAAUCCGGAGCAAGACGUCUAUGACAACCGCGGCUACACCACGAACAAGCAUUGGGUCUCCGGCCCCAAUGCCGUCUUCUCAAAGAUCAUGAUGGCCAUGAUGGAGGGCGAGUUCAACGACACAUACGACAUCUUCUUCCUCAUGGAGAUGGACGCGGUUCCCAUCAAGGAUCACUGGCUCGAUCAGUUCGAGACGGAGGCCCAUGAGAUGGCCGACAACAGCAUGGCCAUCCGCGGGAGCCAGUACCUGGGCGACAAGUGGGACCUGUUCAAAGCGAUGAUGCCUACCUACCUGGUGGAGCACAUCAACGGCAAUGCCAUGUACAACCUCAAGCACCCGUGGACCAAGGCGGUGUACGAUGCAUUCAAUAGCAUGGAUGGCGGCAACAUGAUGGAAGAAAUGGCCUUCGACGUCGCGUUCGCCAUGAUUACCAUGGAUGCGAUGUCCGGGAACACGAGCCAGUUCGCAGCUGCUUGGGCAGCUGCAGGGGGAAACAGCCAGACCUACAACUGGGACUCCAUGCUUGUGGGCAACUACGCCAACACCCUUCUGAACACCAGCUUCGAGUUCCCGACCUACAUCCGCCAUGGCUCCAGCAAGAACCUGUUCGCGAACCUGGAUGAUGAACAUGUGACGCUGGGAGUGGCAGUGUUCGAUCACCAGGGACACUUGAAGGACACCAUCCCCACGCACCACCCCUUCAAGAAAAUCCUGGCCUUGACCUAUUACCCGCAUCCGCAAAUGGUUGACAUGUACGAGGCUCCGGCAGGCAACGUGACCAUGACGACGCAGGCUGCCACCGGCGAUCCCUUUUACCACCUUUGCGAGACCGCCAGGCUCGUCGACACGAAGUGGUUCGCCCUCACGGACAACUACCACAUCAUCAAAGCACCGGUGAGCGUUCUGAUGGACAUGGGCGACAAGCCGGUGCUGCCGUACGUCCUGAGAAACUCCAAGUACUGCGGUGAGCGCCCGAACUGUGAGGCGUCCAUGUUGCAAGCGGAGGGCCUCUUCAGCAUCACCUUGAACUACCACCACGACAAGUACGAGGUGCUGUACAAGACGGACGAUGCCAAGAUGUUCUGCGAUGCAUGGGACCUUGCAACAGGCAGCACUGCCAACGAGUCGUGGGCAAAUUGCAGCUUGUCCUUCGGACCAACCGGAGACGACUACAUCGCCUGGAAAAUCAGCGUGGACCAGAACAUCACCGAGGAGUUCACUCCUAAGGACAAGACACGCUACGGAUGGCGAGCCUGGACGAGCCUGUGGAACCCGGCCCCGGUCGACUCUCGAAUGUGCACGCCGAUGCUCUACGGCCCGAAGGAAUAUCUGGAGACACUUGGCAACAUCUCCCACUGUGCGGUUGACUACGUUGAGAAUGCGGCGGCUUGCGAAUCGGACACGACGUGCGAGUGGAAGGCCAUGUUCGAGUCCGGUGUGUGCUUCCAGGAUCCAAAGAGCGUCACCCCGACGACAACCGUGGCAGGAGUGACCUACAGCACCAUCGAAGUCACGUUGCCACUCACCGUGGACGAUGCGGCUGCCAUCCUCAACAACGCCACCGUGCAGGAUGCCAUGAAGACAGGUUUCGCACAGGCGAUGGACGUGCCUGUGGCGGAUGUGAUGCUUGAGAUUCAGGCAGUUCGACGCCUGACUGCUCACACCAGGAAGCUUCAGACCGAGCUGCUGGCCAUCUUCAGUGUCGUGAUGCCCAGCCUUGAGGAUGCCAUCGUGAAGCAGGUGGAGAUCGAGACCAUCUCCUUGGAUGCAACCAAUGAGGCUAUCGCCAGUGCCGUCGCGAGCGUGGGCUUUUCGGGUGCUCUGGAGGUCACCGGCAAGAUGACCAUGCGCGAGCCUUGUGGCAUGUCGUCCAUGGUGCAGGAGGGUGUCACACGAGACGAAAUUGAAAUGCACCAGCACGCCCUUCUUGCCAAUAGGCUGCUCAUGAUGUUGUCGGGCAGCCGCGUGAACAUCCCAGGGUUUGGCACGCUUGCAUCUGCCAUGACGCUGUUUGCCUUGGUUCUGGCAGCUCUGGCAGCGGUCCAGAUCCGAGCGGGAGGACAUGCAGGACACGAACACCUGGCAGUCGUCCGGGUCUUCUCGACCGAGGAGGAGUUGCAGCUGCUUAACAACAGCGUCCCACAGUGGGAUAUGGCCGGUUCCAUUCCGUGCACCACAAAGUCGAACAUGAGCGAGAUCGAUCUCAUCUUGGUCUACAGCAAGGACCUGGAGAUGGAUAAAGAUGCCAAGGGCCUGGUGAGUGAGAUUGAAAUGUCAUUCCACUCGAAGGAGUUCAACUGGAUGAACUGCUUCACAAACAUCAAGAACAUGUCGGCCAAGCUGAAUCCGGAGCAAGACGUCUAUGACAACCGUGGCUACACCACGAACAAGCAUUGGGUCUCCGGCCCCAAUGCCGUCUUCUCAAAGAUCAUGAUGGCCAUGAUGGAGGGCGAGUUCAACGACACGUACGACAUUUUCUUCCUCAUGGAGAUGGACGCGGUUCCCAUCAAGGAUCACUGGCUCGAUCAGUUCGAGACGGAGGCCCAUGAGAUGGCCGACAACAGCAUGGCCAUCCGCGGGAGCCAGUACCUUGGCGACAAGUGGGACUUGUUCAAAGCGAUGAUGCCGACCUACCUGGUGGAGCACAUCAACGGCAAUGCCAUGUACAACCUCAAGCACCCGUGGACCAAGGCGGUGUACGAUGCAUUCAAUAGCAUGGAUGGCGGCAACAUGAUGGAAGAGAUGGCCUUCGACGUCGCGUUCGCCAUGAUUACCAUGGAUGCGAUGUCCGGGAACACGAGCCAGUUCGCAGCUGCUUGGGCAGCUGCGGGGGGAAACAGCCAGACGUACAACUGGGACUCCAUGCUUGUGGGCAACUACGCCAACACCCUUCUGAACACCAGCUUCGAGUUCCCGACCUACAUCCGCCACGGCUCCAGCAAGAACUUGUUCGCGAACUUGGAUGAUGAACAUGUGACGCUGGGAGUGGCAGUGUUCGAUCACCAGGGACACUUGAAGGACACCAUCCCGACGCACCACCCCUUCAAGAAAAUCCUGGCCUUGACCUAUUACCCGCAUCCGCAAAUGGUUGACAUGUACGAGGCCCCGGCCGGCAACGUGACAAUGACGACGCAGGCUGCCACCGGCGAUCCCUUUUACCACCUCUGCGAGACUGCCAGGCUCGUCGACACGAAGUGGUUCGCCCUCACGGACAACUACCACAUCAUCAAAGCACCUGUGAGCGUUCUGAUGGACAUGGGCGACAAGCCGGUGCUGCCGUACGUCCUGAGAAACUCCAAGUACUGUGGUGAGCGUCCGAACUGUGAGGCUUCCAUGUUGCAAGCAGAGGGACUCUUCAGCAUCACCCUGAACUACCACCACGACAAGUACGAGGUGCUGUACAAGACGGACGAUGCCAAGAUGUUCUGCGACGCGUGGGACCUUGCAACAGGCAGCACUGCCAACGAGUCGUGGGCAAAUUGCAGCUUGUCCUUCGGACCAACCGGAGACGACUACAUCGCCUGGAAAAUCAGCGUGGACCAGAACAUCACCGAGGAGUUCACUCCGAAGGACAAGACACGCUACGGAUGGCGAGCCUGGACGAGCCUGUGGAACCCGGCCCCGGUCGACUCUCGAAUGUGCACGCCGAUGCUCUACGGCCCGAAGGAAUAUCUGGAGACGCUUGGCAACAUCUCCCACUGUGCGGUUGACUACGUUGAGAAUGCGGCGGCAUGCGAAUCUGAUACCACGUGCGAGUGGAAGGCCAUGUUCGAGUCCGGUGUGUGCUUCCAGGAUCCAAAGAGCGUCACCCCGACGACAACCGUGGCAGGAGUGACCUACAGCACCAUCGAAGUCACGUUGCCACUCACCGUGGACGAUGCGGCUGCCAUCCUCAACAACGCCACCGUGCAGGAUGCCAUGAAGACAGGUUUUGCACAGGCGAUGGACGUGCCUGUGGCGGAUGUGAUGCUUGAGAUUCAGGCAGUUCGACGCCUGACUGCUCACACCAGGAAGCUUCAGACCGAGCUGCUGGCCAUCUUCAGUGUCGUGAUGCCCAGCCUUGAGGACGCCAUCGUGAAGCAGGUGGAGAUCGAGACCAUCUCCUUGGAUGCAACCAAUGAGGCUAUCGCCAGUGCCGUCGCGAGCGUGGGCUUUUCGGGUGCCCUGGAGGUCACCGGCAAGAUGACCAUGCGUGAGCCCUGUGGCAUGUCGUCCAUGGUGCAGGAGGGUGUCACACGAAUCGAGAUGCACCAGCACGCCCUUUUUGCCAAUAGGAUCCGGCGAGCUUCGCUGCGACUGGGACUGCAGGACUGGUUCGGCACGCUUGCAUCUACCAUGACGCUGUUUGCCUUGGUUCUGGCAGCUCUGGCAGCGGUCCAGAUCCGAGCGGGAGGACAUGCAGGACACGAACACCUGGCAGUCGUCCGGGUCUUCUCGACCGAGGAGGAGUUGCAGCUGCUUAACAACAGUGUCCCACAGUGGGAUAUGGCCGGUUCAAUUCCGUGCACCACAAAGUCGAACAUGAGCGAGAUCGAUCUCAUCUUGGUCUACAGCAAGGACCUGGAGAUGGAUCAAGAUGCCAAGGGCCUGGUGAGUGAGAUUGAAAUGUCAUUCCACUCGAAGGAGUUCAACUGGAUGAACUGCUUCACAAACAUCAAGAACAUGUCGGCCAAGCUGAAUCCGGAGCAAGACGUCUAUGACAACCGUGGCUACACCACGAACAAGCAUUGGGUCUCCGGCCCCAAUGCCGUCUUCUCAAAGAUCAUGAUGGCCAUGAUGGAGGGCGAGUUCAACGACACGUACGACAUUUUCUUCCUCAUGGAGAUGGACGCGGUUCCCAUCAAGGACCACUGGCUCGAUCAGUUCGAGACGGAGGCCCAUGAGAUGGCCGACAACAGCAUGGCUAUCCGCGGAAGCCAGUACCUGGGCGACAAGUGGGACCUGUUCAAAGCGAUGAUGCCUACCUACCUGGUGGAGCACAUCAACGGCAAUGCCAUGUACAACCUCAAGCACCCCUGGACCAAGGCGGUGUACGAUGCAUUCAGUAGCAUGGAUGGCGGCAACAUGAUGGAAGAAAUGGCCUUCGAUGUCGCGUUCGCCAUGAUUACCAUGGAUGCGAUGUCCGGGAACACGAGCCAGUUCGCAGCUGCUUGGGCAGCUGCAGGGGGAAACAGCCAGACCUACAACUGGGACUCCAUGCUUGUGGGCAACUACGCCAACACCCUUCUGAACACCAGCUUCGAGUUCCCGACCUACAUCCGCCACGGCUCCAGCAAGAACUUGUUCGCGAACUUGGAUGAUGAACAUGUGACGCUGGGAGUGGCAGUGUUCGAUCACCAGGGACACUUGAAGGACACCAUCCCGACGCACCACCCCUUCAAGAAAAUCCUGGCCUUGACCUAUUACCCGCAUCCGCAAAUGGUUGACAUGUACGAGGCCCCGGCCGGCAACGUGACAAUGACGACGCAGGCUGCCACCGGCGAUCCCUUUUACCACCUCUGCGAGACUGCAAGGCUCGUCGACACGAAGUGGUUCGCCCUCACGGACAACUACCACAUCAUCAAAGCACCUGUGAGCGUUCUGAUGGACAUGGGCGACAAGCCGGUGCUGCCGUACGUCCUGAGAAACUCCAAGUACUGUGGUGAGCGUCCGAACUGUGAGGCUUCCAUGUUGCAAGCAGAGGGACUCUUCAGCAUCACCCUGAACUACCACCACGACAAGUACGAGGUGCUGUACAAGACGGACGAUGCCAAGAUGUUCUGCGACGCGUGGGACCUUGCAACAGGCAGCACUGCCAACGAGUCGUGGGCAAAUUGCAGCUUGUCCUUCGGACCAACCGGAGACGACUACAUCGCCUGGAAAAUCAGCGUGGACCAGAACAUCACCGAGGAGUUCACUCCGAAGGACAAGACACGCUACGGAUGGCGAGCCUGGACGAGCCUGUGGAACCCGGCCCCGGUCGACUCUCGAAUGUGCACGCCGAUGCUCUACGGCCCGAAGGAAUAUCUGGAGACGCUUGGCAACAUCUCCCACUGUGCGGUUGAUUACGUUGAGAAUGCGGCGGCAUGCGAAUCGGAUACCACGUGCGAGUGGAAGGCCAUGUUCGAGUCCGGUGUGUGCUUCCAGGAUCCAAAGAGCGUCACCCCGACGACAACCGUGGCAGGAGUGACCUACAGCACCAUCGAAGUCACGUUGCCACUCACCGUGGACGAUGCGGCUGCCAUCCUCAACAACGCCACCGUGCAGGAUGCCAUGAAGACAGGUUUUGCACAGGCGAUGGACGUGCCUGUGGCGGAUGUGAUGCUUGAGAUUCAGGCAGUUCGACGCCUGACUGCCCACACCAGGAAGCUUCAGGUCGAGCUGCUGGCCAUCUUCAGUGUCGUGAUGCCCAGCCUUGAGGACGCCAUCGUGAAGCAGGUGGAGAUCGAGACCAUCUCCUUGGAUGCAACCAAUGAGGCUAUCGCCAGUGCCGUCGCGAGCGUGGGCUUUUCGGGUGCCCUGGAGGUCACCGGCAAGAUGACCAUGCGCGUUCCUGAACCGACCACGACCACCACGACAACGACCACAACGACAGAGGCCAGCAACACUACCACUACCGAGGGCGGUGACGACGGGGACGAUGGCACGGGAGACGACGGGGACGAUGGAGACGACGGCGACGGCGAUGAGGAGCCGCCCAGCUCGGCCAUCGCGGGCACUGCCUCCGCCGCUGUCCUGGGAUCUUCUGUCCACCCGGAGGACAGUUCCAAUCCGAUGGAAGCGGGUAUCUUCCUCGUUUUCCCGCUGAUCCUGCUGUGGGAGUUCACGUACUGUGAUUUCUUCGGAGAGAAUGCUCUGUACUUCAUCAUCGGCUUUAGCUUCGCCAUGAACUUUGUGGACAACUCUUUGUCGAGGGCUGUUCGCGAGGAGCUCAUUCAGGUCCCACUGUCAACAGCCUGCAGCGUGGUGCUUUUCAUUGGCACCCUAGGAGCCGACGACUUCGUGGACUUCUGUGAAGGCUUCUUCCUGGAGCUGCUUUACGGCAUCGCAGAGCGCCUCAUCCUAGGCUCCUUGAUGGAGGCCGGCGAGAAGAGCGUGGCACAGGGCAUCCAUUGGGUGAAGACGCGCUCGUGGUUCUGGCGCUUGGCGCUCAUCGUCACUGGAGGACGCUCCAGCGCCGGCCUGUUGAUGACCGAGGGCAAGGAUGAUGAUGAAAUGGCUCCAGAAGAGAUGGUCAUGGAGGGCACGCCCAUAGAGGAAGCCAUGGAGGAGGUGAUCGGCUGUGGAACUACGUGCAUGAGCACAGUCAUGACGCCGUUCAUUAUCCUCGCCAUUUUCUUCUUCGCCGAGGAAACGGAGAUUCCGGCGCAGUACGACAUCCGAAGCACAGACUUGGUUUGUUACCUGCUCUUCGGUCUUAUCAUCGCCCCCUUCCAGGUCAUGAUGGACAUCUUGAUGAACCACGCCACAGAAUUGCAGAAUAACGUCCGCAUUUACGACUACAUGCUCUACGCCAAGUGGCGCUGGCGCAAUCGUGUGACCCGCUGGCUCUUCGACGACCCACGACUCGACCUGAGUAUCGCGGAGCCGCUUCAGAGUGUAAACCACCUGGCAUUCUCGCCACAGUUCUACUUCAUCGAGACCUACUACACCUGGGGUAUGCUUGUCUCGCUGCUGUCCAUCACAAUCUUCCUGCGAAAGUCGAUGAACCCCCUGGACGACCCAGCCUUGUUCAUCAUGGUGGGCCAGAUGAUUCUUCUCAACUACAUCCUGGAUCGUCUUAUCCGCUGGCUGAUCUCGUCAGUGCUUUGGAAGCCAAUGGACAACAGCAACUUCCGCAUCUUCAGCCGGUCCGUCGCUCUGGCGCUGCAGCGCAAGGAUGCCGCCUUGCUGCAAGAGAAGUAUCGCCAGUGGUUUUGGCAGCGCCACACAGGAUGGCUCGUCAGCCACCUGAACGAUAUCUUCACGCCGCGCUCGCGCGAGCGCUACAAGGGGAAGCUGAGUCUGCUGUACCAGCAGGCCUUGCAGCUGCAACCAACCCGCGUCUACAAGACGCCCGGCGAUGCCUUUCCAGAGCCGGUGGGGCAGCAGGAGCUGCCAGAGAACUUGCGAUUGGAGCUGGAAGAGGACGAGUCAGAUGAGGAGCCCGCACCACACCAGGAUGGGCACCUGGCGCUGCCGGGCAUGGCGGGACGCCAAGAUGCUUUGGGCGGUCCAUCUCAAGGAGCCCUCGACGACGUGCCUGGUGGUCGGCGUGCAUCGACGGUCAUGCGAACCAUGGCGCUUCCGUCCAUGCUCCAGCUGCACACGGCUGCGAGCGUGGAAGCGCCCCCGCCGCCCCCGGAGGUUCCCCAGGAAGCCUGGCCCUUCCGUCCACUGAGCGACGAGCAGCAUGACAAUCCCCAAGCAGCAGGUUUCGGGCCUCUCGCUGCCUACUCGGGGGUUGCCUGGCUCCGUGUCGCACGCAAGCGGCUCCGAAUGAAGCGACAGCAAGAGGAAGCGGAAGCUGCCGAGCGGGCUCUCAACUUUGCGGCCCAGUCACCGCUGGGCCCGACAACACCUCCAGCCGCCUCUGCCGCAGCGAUUAGGGAUCGCACUGGCGAUGACGAUUCAAGCAGUGGUGGCACCGAGGAGGAAGAGGCUCUGAUGCUCCUGGAGCAGCAGGAGACGCCGAAGAACGAAGAUGACGCCAGCGAUAUCGAGUUCGAACCGGCUGACACCACGAGGUUCCCGAACCUUGUGAGCGUCCAGGUGCCUCAAGCUGCCCGAGAGAUGAUCCUCUACUGGGCCAAGCAAGCGCGCAAGCGCGUGAUACGAAAGAGGACCAUCCGGUACCAGUCGUCCAGCGAGGAGGAAAGUGAUGAUUCCUUUGGUGAAGAUUCCGGAGACGAUGCCGGAGAUGAGUCGCCAGAUCUCGCCGAUUGA